GGGCUCAAAAUCUUGGCACGUGCACAACAAAGUAUGAAACGCAAAAUGGAGCCAGUUGAAACAAAAUUUCCGCGCUUAGACGAGGCAAAAUCUGAGGCUAAAGUUAAUGGGGAAUGUGAAAAUUUGACUGAUAAAGAUGAAAGUUUGGCACCUGAUCAAAUGACAAGUGCUGAUUAUUACUUUGAUUCAUACGCUCAUUUUGGAAUACAUGAGGAAAUGUUGAAGGAUGAAGUGCGGACACUUACAUACAGAAAUGCAAUGUAUCACAAUAAACAUCUCUUCCGAGGCAAAGUUGUUCUUGAUGUUGGUUGUGGGACAGGAAUAUUAUCCAUGUUUGCUGUCAAAGCUGGUGCAAAACAUGUUUACGGGGUUGAUUUUUCAUCAAUUAUUGAACAUGCUCAAACCAUAAUUGAGUCAAACCACAUGAAGAAUUCCAUAACACUUAUAAGAGGAAAAAUUGAGGAGGUGGCGCUGCCAGUGGAGAAAGUUGAUAUAAUUAUAAGUGAAUGGAUGGGAUAUUGUCUAUUUUACGAAUCCAUGUUGAAUAGCGUACUCUUUGCUCGAGAUAAAUGGCUGGGCGAAGAUGGAAUAAUGUUUCCUGAUAAAGCAAGUUUGUAUAUCUGUGGCAUUGAAGACAGACAGUAUAAGGAAGAAAAGAUUUAUUGGUGGGACAACGUGUAUGGAUUUGACAUGAGUUGUAUCAGAAAGGUUGCAAUUACUGAACCUCUAGUUGAUGUUGUGGAGGCAAAACAGAUCGUGACUAAUUCUUGUCUUCUAAAGGAAAUCAACAUUGAAACAGUGACUAAGGAAGACUUAGAAUUUGAUGUACCAUAUCAGCUAUUCUCUCAGAGAGAUGAUUAUAUUCAAGCUUUGGUCUCGUAUUUCACCAUCGAAUUUUCUCAUUGUCAUAAGAGAACAGGGUUUUCAACAGGUCCUGACGCAAGAUAUACUCAUUGGAAACAGACUGUGUUUUAUCUUAAUGACUAUUUAACCGUCAAACAUGGCGAACAGAUUAAUGGAACAUUCGCAUUAAAACAAAACACUAGAAAUAAUCGUGAUCUUGACUUCAAUAUUUCAGUGAAGUUUCAAGGAGAAUUGAGCGAGGUUGAGGAGGAAACAAAGUACAAAAUGAGAUAAACUUUAUAUUAGAGACGAACAAGAUGCGCCACAGCGGUGUACAGUAAGAGAUGAUAUAUCAAUCACUCAGACUUCGUCCCUCACGAGGCUACCAUUGGCAUUGGCCCUCUUCUAUAUGUAUCUGCAGUAAAUCAUGGACAUUAAAGGAAUACGUUCUCAGUGCUUAGGGGUUAAAAGGAUUUUUAUUUUCUAUACAGUGAAGUAUAUUUUUCCUGGAAAGGCCUAUUUUUUGGAGGAUCCUUCAAGGCUUAUUUACACGAUCCAAUACGACUAAUCGUACAGUGUAAAUGGGCCUUAAUUACUGGUAUCAAAUUGGUACAAGUAUUACUAUAAGGCUCCGUUUACACUAUACCGGAUUCGCUUGUAACGAUAUCUUUGUUUGGUUAGUAGCAAAUGUUUAUUAGUUUGAUAGAUUUGGUAUAUUUAUUUCGAUAUCUGACAGUAAAAUUUUAAUUUCCACAAAUUUUUCCCCACUCUGGAAGUAAUCCGGUAUAGUGUAAACUGGGCCUCUGGUUUCACUUUAUAAUCAAAAGUACUUCCUCGAGAACGUUUACACGAGGUUGGAACUUGGAAGGAUUUUGAAGUCUUUUCCGCUGUUUCCACGUACCUGACUUAAAGAGGCGUAAAAUGGACUUUGAGGUAUUGAAAUAAGUAAAUAACGUGAUUCUGGUAGUCGUGUGAUCAUCCUAACAAUAGCAUGUGAGCUGGGUUCUGUUUCAAAAAGACUUUUCAGUACCUCAAAUUAAGUCCAUUUUAUGCUUCGUUGAAUCUCGGUAACCGGGCUCAUGUAAACAGCCUCUAAAUAAUGCCUUCCAUCAGGAGCUCCAAAUUCUUCAAGUUCCCUCGCAGAGGAAUUUCAGGUCGGUUCCAAAUUCGUCCAGUAUCGUAUGAACGGGGCCACGAAAGGUAGAAAAUCAUGAAGAAACUUUCAUUUAACGCAUAGCGUGCUGUAAACUUUCUCUUAGCCUCGAACAUUUCUCGGCCAUAUGUUGAAGUAUUCGCAUUUGCUUGGGCAUUUUGCAUGGAAUGCAUUAUGGCCAUUCUACUCGCAGUUCUACUUAUUGUUUUUAAUUAAUAAAAUUAAGAGAUUUUUCUGUCAAAAUUGUUUUCUUGCUCGUUUGGGCGAUGCCAUAUAUUGAAUGAUGGCUUAUUUUCUUUAACUCUCAAAAUGGCAAACGUUGGUAAUUGCGCUUUUAGGGGCGGAACAUUUUUGGAGAUAAAGGAAUAUUAUUUUACGAAAUGUAGCUAUAAUGGCUAUAAUUAGGCUCAGCUGACAUUAAGCUAAACUCGAUCGGCGCCUUCCUGUCACAUGUUUACGAUGCUGAGAAGAGAGGUAACCAAUCAAUUUAAACACGAACAAGUCUUGACUAGAAAAUCAAAUUUAAAAAGAAUAAACACCAAAUGAAUAAAGUAAAGAAACACAAAUAACUUUUUGACAGAAAC